ACGAGAGAAAUGGCUGAUUCGGAAGAAAUACAACGUCUCGAGUAUUUAUCCCUGGUGUCGAAGGUGUGCACGGAGCUGGAGAAUCACCUGGGAUUUAGCGAGAAGGAUCUGGCUGAAUUCAUCAUCAAUCUGGCCGAGAGGCACCCAACGUGUGAUGGAUUCAAAGCGACUCUUUCUGAGAAUGGAGCCGACUUUACGGACACCUUUAUUGGUAAUCUAUUCAGACUUAUUAAUACUAUGCGACCCUCAGCAUCCACAAUUACAGAGGUGAAGCCAAAGAGUGGAAAGGACCUACUGAAAGACAAGUACCCAGCUUUAUGUAAACCAGAUGAUCCUGCGUGGAGAAUUCCACCAUGCCACCCAGAAAAAGACGACGCGCAGGUGGCAGCAGCAGCCAUGAAGGAGCUGGAGAUGCUGAUGCCUAAUUUCUGUGGAACGAGCUCUGAUGAUGGGGCCGCCAGGAAUUUGGACGGUCCCAGAAGUCGAGACGCAGACAGACAGACCGGACGCCGGCGAAGUCGCUCUCGCUCCAGAUCAAGAGAUCGAGACGGAGACACGAACCCCGCGCACAAAAGGAAACGGGUGUCGCGCUGGAGCGACCAUCCGCCAAGCCCUCGCAGAGACGGCGGCAACAAUAACGCCACCAACAACAAUAACAACCCCGACAACGACAACAAGAAACGGGUGUCACGCUGGAGCGACCAUCCACCGAGCCCUCGCAGAGACGCCAACAACGCCGCCAACAACAACCACAGCACCACCGACAACGACAACAAGAAGGAUGAGAGAGACUCUGACCGCCGGCGGGAUCGACUUGUGGAUCGGCCUCCGCCGGAGGAGCCCGUCGUGGGCGACGUCUACAACGGCAAGAUCAGCAGCCUGAUGCAGUUUGGCUGUUUUGUGCAGCUGGAGGGCCUCAGGAAGCGCUUCGAGGGCCUGGUGCACAUCUCCGAGUUACGCAAAGAAGGCCGCAUAGCAAACGUGGCGGACGUGGUCACCAAAGGCCAGAAGGUGAAGGUCAAAGUUCUGUCCUUCACCGGAACCAAAGCCAGCCUCAGCAUGAAGGAUGUGGACCAGGAGACGGGGGAGGACCUGAACCCCAACCGGAGGAGGAACCUGGACACCGGAGAGGAAGCCAUGAGGAACCCGGACCGCCCCGUUGAAGCCAGCUUGGUGGAAGUAGAGGAGAACCCGCUGGAGCGCAAACGGCUCGCCAAGAUCACCGACCUCGAAAAAUGGGAAAUCAAACAGAUGAUCGCCGCCAACGUGCUCCCCAAAGAAGAGUUCCCAGAAUUCGACGAGCAGACGGGAAUCCUUCCCAAGAUGGAUGACGAUGAAGAUGAAGAGUUGGAGAUCGAUCUGGUCGAAGAGGAGCCGCCGUUCCUGAGGGGACAGACCAAGUUCAGCACCAACAUGAGCCCGGUGAAGAUCGUGAAGAACCCAGACGGCUCGCUCUCCCAAGCCGCCAUGAUGCAGAGCGCCCUGUCCAAGGAGAGGAGGGAGCUGAAGCAGACGGCCCGUGCAGUCGAGAUGGACUCCAUCCCCACCGGGAUCCACAAGAACUGGAUCGACCCGAUGCCCGACUAUGAAGGGAGGCAGAUUGCCGCCAACCUGAGGGGCCUCGGCGCCUUGCCGGCCGAUCUGCCGGCGUGGAAACGGUCCGCCUUCGGAGGGAACCAGGCGUCGUACGGCCAGAGGACCGAACUCUCCAUCCUGCAGCAGAGAGAGAUGUUGCCCAUUUUCAAGCUCAAGGACCAGCUGGUUCAGGCCGUCCACGACAACCAGAUCUUGAUCGUCGUGGGAGAGACGGGGUCCGGUAAGACCACUCAGAUCACUCAGUACCUGGCGGAGGCGGGCUACACCGCCAGGGGGAAGAUCGGCUGCACGCAGCCCCGCCGCGUGGCCGCCAUGUCCGUGGCCAAGCGAGUCGCCGAGGAGUACGGCUGCCGUCUGGGUCAAGAGGUGGGUUACACCAUCCGCUUCGAGGACUGCACCAGCACCGAGACGGUGAUCAAGUACAUGACGCACGGGAUGCUGCAGAGGGAGUGUCUGCUGGACGCCGACAUGAGCCUCUAUUCCCUCAUCAUGCUCGAUGAGGCCCACGAGAGGACCAUCCACACCGACGUGCUCUUCGGACUUCUCAAGAAGACGAUACAGAAGCGCAAAGACAUGAAGCUGAUCGUGUCCUCGGCCACGCUGGACGCCGUGAAGUUCUCCCAGUAUUUCUGCGAGGCGCCCAUCUUCACCAUCCCAGGGAGAGCUUUCCCAGUGGAGGUCCUGUACUGCAAAGAGCCCGAGACGGACUACCUGGACGCCGGCCUCAUCACGGUCAUGCAGAUCCACCUGACCGAGCCUCCGGGUGACGUCUUGGUGUUCCUGACGGGCCAGGAAGAGAUCGACACGGCCUGUGAGAUCCUGUACGACAGGAUGAAGUCGCUGGGGCCGGAUGUCCCUGAACUCAUCAUUCUGCCGGUUUACUCCGCCCUGCCCAGCGAGAUGCAGACCAGGAUCUUCGACCCGGCGCCCCCGGGCAGCAGAAAGGUCAUCAUCGCCACCAACAUUGCCGAGACGUCGCUCACCAUCAACGGCGUCUACUACGUGGUGGACCCCGGCUUCGUGAAACAGAUCGUGUAUAACAACAAGACGGGCAUCGACCAGCUGGUGGUGACGCCCAUAUCACAGGCCCAGGCCAAGCAGAGGGCCGGUCGAGCCGGCCGAACGGGCCCCGGGAAGUGUUACCGGCUCUACACGGAGAGGGCCUACAGGGACGAGAUGUUGACCACCAACGUGCCCGAGAUCCAGAGGACCAGCCUGGCCAGCACCGUGCUGUCCCUGAAGGCGAUGGGCAUCAACGACCUGCUGUCCUUCGACUUCAUGGACGCCCCUCCCAUGGAGACCCUGAUCAUCGCCAUGGAGCAGCUCUACACUCUGGGCUCCCUGGACGACGAAGGCCUGCUCACGCGGCUGGGCAGAAGGAUGGCCGAGUUCCCCCUGGAGCCCAUGUUGUGCAAGAUGCUGAUCAUGUCCGUCCACCUGGGCUGCAGCGAGGAGAUGCUGACCAUCGUGUCCAUGCUGUCGGUGCAGAACAUCUUCUACAGGCCCAAGGACAAACAGACUUUGGCGGACCAGAAGAAGACAAAGUUCUUCCAGCCGGAGGGCGACCACCUGACGCUGCUGGCGGUGUACAACUCCUGGAAGAACAACAAGUUCUCCAACCCCUGGUGUUUCGAGAACUUCAUCCAGGCCCGCUCCCUGAAGAGAGCUCAGGACAUCCGCAAGCAGAUGCUGAGCAUCAUGGACAGACACAAGCUGGACGUGUUGACUUGCGGCCCCGCGACGAUGCGGGUCCAGAAGGCCAUCUGCAGCGGCUUCUUCAGGAACUCAGCCAGGAAGCACCCGCACGACGGGUACCGCACCCUGAUCGACCAGCAGGUGGUGUACCUCCACCCGUCCAGCACGCUCUUCAACCGGCAGCCCGAGUGGCUGGUGUACCACGAGCUGGUGCUGACCACCAAGGAGUACAUGCGGGAGGUGACCACCAUCGACCCGCGCUGGCUGGUGGAGUUCGCGCCGGCCUUCUACCGAGUCGGCGACCCGACGCGCCUCAGCCGGCAGAAGCGGCAGCAGAAACUGGAGCCGCUCUACAACCGCUACGAGGAGCCCAACGCCUGGAGGAUCUCCCGCGCGUUCAGGCGCCGCUGACGGUCUGGUGGACCGGUCGGCCGUACUGGGCCAACUGGGAAGAGCGACCGAGACAUUUCAUUUGGUUGUUUGGCCAAACCUGGAUGAUCCGCUUCAACCUCCAUCUAUUUGUUUUUUGACAUGUGAUAUUCUAGAGUAAUCCGUUUUCCGGCCUUGUUAUGUCGACUGAAUAUAUUCCACAUAUUUUGUAAUGAUAAAGAAUAGUUUUUCGUGAUUGCCGAUAAACUCUGUAUGCGUUUUUAUUCGUUGCUGCCUCCUAAUGGAGUAUUGAUUCAAUGUGUGUGCUAAGCGUUAAAGAAAUGAUGAUUUACGGGAAACGAGCAUCGACUGAAGAAACUCAGAAAUUGACGCUCUGUAUUUUUAAGCAAUGGCUGCAAACUUAAAUAGACAAUUUGAAGGGGAUGAUUCCCCAGCAGUGUGAUGUUAGAGAGGGAAUAAUGAGCAGCUUAUAAAAUAUCAUAAAAACUACUCAUGCCAAUCAAAGCAAACACUGAUCAUGAAAGUACAAUAAUGUAUUUCCGUAUUUAAAUUUGGUACUUUAAUGCAAAAACAAAAAGGGCUCUAAGGUUUGUGGUUUGCAGUUAGAGGACAAAGAGGUUUUGUUUAUUUGGGGGAAUUUUCAAUGAUAAACUAAAUACGACAUUUUCAUCCAGGUAAGGCCACAGUUUUGUUUUUGCUGUAGUUAUUUACACUACCGUUCAAAAGUUUGGGAUCACUUAGAAAUGACUAUUUUUCAAAGAAAAGCACUUUUUUUCAAUAAAGAUAACAUUAAAUUAAUCAGAAAUACACUCUACAUUGUUAAUGUGGUAAAUGACUAUUCUAGGUGGAAGUGUCUGGUUUCUAAUGAAAUAUCUCCAUAGGUGUAUCGAGGCCCAUUUCCAUCAACUAUCACUCCAGUGUUCUAAUGGUACAUUGUGUUUGAUCAUCGCCUUAGAACAGGGGUUCUCAAACUUUUUAGGCCACGCACCCCCUUCUACAUCCCGACCGGGUUCACGCACCCCCAAUCCCCCACACUUUUUCUUUUUUUCCGCUCCGAGAAGAGUUGUUGACGGGGGAGGGGGGGGUGCUAGUGAGAGUGUGCUCACCUGUGUGCGCGGAUGUGUCAGCGCGUAACACGGCAGAGCGAUGCGCGUUAUGGGAGCGGCGGCGCUGGGCUUAGCCCAGAGGAGUGAAGCAGCGAAAUUUGUAGACAUAGAAACACUCUCAGACAGAAGCUUGCUGUUACGUGCGCCUGCUGCCAGUCUGACUCCGCUGCUUUGGGUGAAUGACGUCACGUGCGACCUGGAGGUGUUAACCACUUGUGUGCCAAAUCUUUUUUAUUUUAAAUUAACAUUCGGGGCUAAUUUUAGCCUAGGGACGCCACUGAGUCUCACGCUCAAUGCGUGACACUUGAGAGCCCUGAGAAUGUUUAAUAUUAAUUAUUACACCAUUAGACCGCCAUUACAUUUUUCCUCUCGCGCACCCCCUAGAGACAGCUCGCGCACCCCCAGGGGUGCGCGCACCACACUUUGGGAAUCCCUGCCUUAGAAGACUAAUAUCUGAUUAGAAAACCCUUGUGCAAUUAUGUUAGCACAGCUGAAAACAGUUAUGCUGGUGAUAUAAGCUAUACAACUGGCCUUCCUUUGAGCUUGAAGUUUGUAGAACAAAAUUAAUACUUCAAAUAUUAAUCAUUAUUUUUAACCUUGUCAAUGUCUUGACUAUAUUUUAUAUUCAUUUGAUAAAUAAAAGUGUGAUUUUUCAUGGAAGACACGAAAUUGUCUGGGUGAUCCCAAACUUUUGAACGGUAGUGUACAUGUUUACAUUUGGCCCAUCAAAAAUCUACUUUUUAUAAAUAAAUUUAGGGAACAUUUA